AUGCCCCUACCUGAAGGCAAUACAACUUAUUUUAUGCUUUUGUUUGGGCAAUACCACUUGGGAAGAGGUCACAUAGGUGUAUCUAUUAAAGCAAAGCUUUACCGUCUCUUGGAACAAAGAUCGGCUACAUGCCCAUAUUUUGUUAUUCCUUUGUGGAGAGGAAGUGGAUAUACCACCAUGUUUAUGCAAGUCCAGCUGCCACACAUGAUCUUCACAGGGCUUGAAGACUACAAAGCAAGAGGAACUCAAGCAAGCCCUUACUAUACAAUCACUCAUUUCACAGAGUUUGCAGAAACCAAGGAUACAGUGCUUGUCCGAGGAGACGUUGUCUUCACCAGCAAACUAACCGAUGCAGAGGCGAAGUGUCUUUUAGUGACCGCGCACUCCUUCUACCUGAACGAUGUGCGGUACAAGCUCGUGGAGCGUUUCAACAAGGAAACACAUGAUUUCGAGUUCAAAGACGUCCUUCAGGCGCUUGAAAUGCCGUCCAUGUGAGCAGAGAUGUCAAGCCAUCGUGCGACGACAAAGCUUCUCAGCAUGGUGAACCUGAAACUACUGCCGAGAAUGAAACUACAAGUACUUUUGCCCCCCAUUUUUUGUGGCAGUUGUAUCCUGGAAAAACUAGAAGAACGCCCGUGCGUUGCAACGGGGCACAUUGACUUUAAAAGUUCAAUAUUAAUCAUGUUAAUAUUCUCAUAUAUAUCAAGUGACAUUGGCGACCUUUUUUAUCAUCAAAUC